UCAAACAUCUUUGUUUUUCUGGUGCAUUAUCAGCAAAUUGUGCGACUUUUUUUUUCUUUUGGGGCAUAUUUUAAAAGUCAAAAGUUGAGUGGAUUUAAAAAAAAAAAGAAUGUUUUUCCAAGUCACAAGAAGACAUUUCAGGACACGCGUGAACGUUAUGUGAAAAAUAAAGGUGUGGAAAUGCGUCGCAAAUACUUCUGUCUGCUUGAGGCGUGUGCCAUCCUCAGCCUCUUGCCCUCAGGCUCUUUGGCAGAUCUGACAUGUGAAGCUCUUCUCAUGCUUUCAGGAAAUGUCUCACUACAGUCGCUGGCCUCCUCCUGGAACCAAACCCUGAGCAACGCCACCGGCCACUGGAGCGGCUCGGGACUCUCCUGCGACACCUCCAUCGAUGGCAUCGGCACCUGCUGGCCUAGGAGCGGCGCGGGCCAAAUGGUGUCGCGACCCUGUCCCGAGAUGUUCUACGGUGUCAGAUACAACACCACCAAUAACGUUUAUAGGAAAUGUCUCGCCAACGGGACGUGGGCGCUGAAGGGGAACUACUCCAUGUGUAAGGCCAUACUUCACGAGGAGAAAAAAGGCAAGAUGCACUACCAAAUAGCUGUGAUCAUAAACUUCCUGGGUCACUGCAUCUCCAUGGUGGCCCUGCUGGUAGCCUUCUUCCUCUUCUUGUGUUUGAGGAGCAUCCGCUGCCUGAGAAACAUCAUCCACUGGAACCUGAUCACCGCGUUUAUCCUGAGGAACGCCACCUGGUUUAUCGUCCAGAUGACCAUGAGUCCAGAGGUGCACGAAAGCAACGUGGUUUGGUGCCGUCUCGUCACCGCCUCCUUCAACUAUUUCCACUCCACUAACUUCUUCUGGAUGUUUGGCGAGGGCUGCUACCUGCACACCGCCAUCGUCCUCACCUACUCCACCGACAAGCUGCGCAAGUGGAUGUUCAUCUGCAUCGGCUGGUGUAUUCCAUUCCCUAUAAUUGUGGCAUGGGCGAUUGGGAAGCUGUACUACGACAAUGAGAAGUGCUGGUUUGGGAAGCGAGCUGGCGUUUACACGGACUACAUCUACCAAGGUCCCAUGAUUCUUGUCCUAGUGAUUAAUUUCAUUUUCCUCUUCAACAUCGUGAGGAUCCUGAUGACCAAACUGCGAGCCUCCACCACAUCCGAGACAAUCCAGUACAGGAAAGCUGUGAAGGCCACACUGGUACUUCUUCCUCUCCUGGGAAUCACCUACAUGCUGUUCUUCGUCAACCCGGGGGAAGAUGAGAUCUCUCAAAUCGUCUUCAUAUAUUUCAACUCUUUCUUGGAGUCUUUCCAGGGCUUCUUUGUGUCGGUGUUUUACUGCUUCCUAAACAGCGAGGUGCGGUCAGCUGUGAGGAAGCGGUUCCACCGCUGGCAGGAGCAGCACUCCAUCCGAGCCCGGAUGACCCAGGCCAUGUCCAUCCCCACUUCACCUUCACGGGUCAGCUUUCACAGCAUCAAGCAGUCCACAUCGCUAUGAGAGCAGAGGCCAGCGUCGUCCUGGAUACAAGCUUUGGGCUGUCGUCAUCGUUUUCUGCCACAUCACUGAAACACUUUGUGAGCUGGGGCAAAAAAAAAGCUGCAGAGAGAGUUACGGAGAGAUGGAGAUGGAGAGGGAGAGAGAGAGAGAGAGAGAGAGAGAGAGAGAGAGAGAGGCUGCAUCAGCCUCCCAAACCUCAGGAGGAACAUUAUAUACAGACUUGAAAAUGGAUAAGGACAAAGAUAAAGGACACUGCAGGCUUUAGGAAACGAGAGGUUAGUGGAUCAAAAGAUGCACGUGACCAAGCUGAGUUUGACAUUGAAUCUGGGUGUGAUGUACAGCACUCCAUGCUCUUUAAUGUUUGCCUGCCAUAGAAAUCCUCUGUUGUAUUCCUGCUUGCACAAUUUUUGUUUUUGUCUCUUUUGCUAUCUUUACGUCAGCGAAAACUUGGAGCUCGUGUCGCUGGACUGCACUGAACCGAACCCGGAUUCCAACCCCAGUGGACACUGGACUCAAACGCAACGGCUUUUAAUUUAUGGAAUUUAUUUUAUUUUCAGCUUUUUCAUUGUUAAAUUGUCUGGUUAUAGUGUUUGUUGAUUUGGUGUUGUGCUUCCUUCCUCUGUUCACAGCCAGCUUGGUGCAGUUGUGGUACUUUUCAUCAACUUUCCAGAAAGUUUAAAACACAUUCCAUAACUUUCUACCUGAAGAGUUUUGAUCCAAAAUAUUACAUGCACCAUGAAUAGAUGUCAAAAGUCAAGCACAUAAGUGGGUAUGCAGUGAAGUUUUAAGUCACAUGAGUAGAUCGAUACCACUGUCAGCCGUUUGAGCCAGAGCCAUGAGGCAGUUAGCCUAGCUUAGCAUAAAUACAGGAAGCAUCUUCAAGGUCCAAAAAACAGUGGUGGAAUGUUUUUUGUUUAAGUUAGGGCUGUCCCGAAUACCAUUUUUUGUGUUGCGAAGCUUCAGUGCUAAUCAACAGUGAA